AUGAAGGUCAAGGUGCACUCGGGGCUGCAGCUGCAGGUGCUCGCGCUGUACAAGAAGGCGCUGCUGGCGGCCGCGCGCAAGGACGGCGACACGCUGCGCUACGUGCGCGAGCGCUUCCGCUCAGAUGCGGCGUCCGUCGACCGCAAGGACUUCGUGGUGAUCGAGUACAUGCUGCGCAAGGGCGAGCGCGACCUCAAGAUGCUGGAGCGCAUGAAGUCGGCGCACUUUACGCAGGUCUCGCACCCAAAUUAG